GGUAUUUAUGAUUACGUCAGCAAGGUAGAGCGGCGCGCGGCGGCUGCCACUCUAGUUUGGACGCACGAGAGCUUCUUCUCGAGACCUGAAGACACUUCCUGAGCUUCGGUAAAACAGUGAGUUAUACAGGGUUAGAACAACAUUAGCUCAAGGCCGAUGUGUCCAUCCCGUGUAAACACUGAGACCGUCAGUAGGGGAGAGUGAGCUGUCCAGUGGAUCCACCCCAGCCAAAGGACAACAGAGAACUACUCAUAGAUUUACACAGUAUAGGGCACCUGCUGCACCUGUUUAUGAUGAGUACUCGAGGUAAAAGUGAAGGAUGCCGGAUCUGUGGGAGUGACCUGCAAGGUAACCAGCGGCGAUGGCUGUAUGCAGGUCAGAACAGAAAGGGAACACAACCUCAGACGCCGACAGACUUUUCUAGCAAGGGAAGCUUGCCCAGAUCGGCACAGAGCAGCCCAUGGGGCAGCACUUUAUCCCUUAGCUCUUCCCGUUCGCUCUCGAAGUCUCGUGGCGUGCUCACCCCCACGAAAGGAAUCGACCUGCUCUGUGUGCUGACACAUAUAUUAGAGCAGCCUGUACCACGUGGGAGUGGUCAGGGGGAGUUUGUAUGCGGCAAGUGUGUGUCCGUUCUGGAACGAGUUUUCAAGUUUGACACCGUCAUCGCACGAGUCCGAGUGCUGUCGAGCGAGAGACUCCAGAAACUCACUCAGGAAAGGGACAAGAUCAGGCGAUGGGUGCGAAGCAUGUACGAUCAACACCACCCAUCUACCUCCAGGAGAAACGGAAGUUCGAGUGAGGAUGAAAGGGACCAGAAGGAUUCAGUUGGGGAAGGAUACAGAGAAAUGCUGAGGGACAACAUGGCCCUCUCGGAGUAUGAAUGGUGGUCUGAGAAAGCAGAGUCGUGUCCGUAUUAUAGGACAACAGGGAAGCGGUGCCAGAAAGGCAAGCUGUGUGAGUGUUGCGACUCCUUGAGGGUGUCCGAUUCGGACUACGAGUCUGUUUGUGGGAUUCCACGUAACUUGCCCGAUCAAGCCUUCACAUCAUUGGGCCUCUCUCGAGAAAAAUCCUGCAGCAUGCCUCUCCAUUGGUCAAAAACGGCGUCUGUCAGAUCCAGCCCCGCCUCGCUGUCUGGUUCCUGUCAUUCUUUGCGAUCUCGAUCCUGCGCUACCUCCGUUCACUCGCUGGACUCUUUAGACGGCAACGAUCUGUUUGAUUGGCCGGAAGAGCAUUCAGCCAUUAUAGACACUGUUUUCAAAGAGUUAAGGAGGAUUGAAGGAAAGCCAGUGAGGUCACCUGCUGGAAGUCGCAUUCCUGUGUUGCACAGAGGGGAUGUGCAGAAUGGCAAAGAUGAGAUGGGACUGAAAGCGGGGUUAGUAAAGGUCCUGAAUUUUGAAGAUGGUGACAACGGGACGGAGGAUGAGUUUGAAGAAGAAAACGAUGACAUCAUGACCGAGCUAAAAGAUGACUUUAUGCCAUUGCAAAGAGAGGCAUCUGCAGGUAAGAUGCAUCAUGCUGUGAAGCAGUUGCGUGAACAGCUUGUUCAAGCUCAGGCUCGCAUCAGAACUCUGGAGGCACAGCUCAGGGACACAAACAAACCAACAACCGAUGCCCCUGCCAAGCAGCUGAAGUCUCCGCAAGUGACCAGUCUGAAGAAUAAAAAUGACCUCAUAGAGAGUCUCAGCCAAUCGCUGCACAGCAGAGAGAAUGUAAUCCAGGAAUGUGUGAUUUUGAUCCAGAAGCUGUGUGCUGAGCUCGGGCUGGAAUCACAGGACAGUGACAAACUCCUCAAAAAACUGGCCAGCGCAGUGACCGAUACACGCACUGAACGUGAGGCAGUCCUGGAGGCCAAGCUUUCUGAGGCGAGCGAGAGAGAAAAAGCCCUGGAGAAACAGCUGCAGGCUAUGAGAGACGCAGGCAGAGAGCGAGACCGAGACAUCAUCACUCUCAACACUGUGCUCCAGUGUAACCAGGAUGUUAUUAACCACCUGCGUGUAGAGCUUGUAGAACGGGAUCGAGCCCAACAGGAGAUGAUGAAAGAAUGGGAAGUGUGGAAAGAGAGAGAUUCAGCUCUGACUGCACUGGUGAAGGAAAACAAAGACUAUAUUUCUCAGCUAAAGGAGGCGCUGGAGAGUUCACGCCGAGAUGUGCAGGCACUGUCAGAUUCACUGAUUGGACGGGGAUUGGAAGGGGGCGGAGCUGAGGCUGGAUUAGUCAAUCAGCUGCGAGAGAAAGAAGCACUGCUGGCAGCGAGCUUCAGAGAUAGAGAGGAGCUCAGUGCCUCCAUGCUGCAGGAGAUCUCAAGACUCUCCUCGGCCUUAACCAACACUGAAAGCAUCAUAAUGGACCAAAGAGAGAAUCACAAACAAGCCAUCACUGCACUAUCAGAGCAACUCAAGAACACACUCAAGGAGCUGAGAGAGAAGACCAAGGAGAAAAAAGAGGCUGAACUAGGGUGGAAGAAGGAAAAUAAGGAGAGAGCUUCUGAGGAAGGAAAACUAAGAGACAAUCUUCAGAAGAGGGAUAAACUCAUAGAGCAAGUCCUUCUGGAGUUAGAGGAGCGGGAUGGUGUGUUAACAGAGCUACAGCAAAACAUCUCUAGCCAACUUGGACCUAGAACAGCCCUCAAACACACACUGUGAGUGUGUGAUGAAACACAUACUGUGUGUUUAAUGAUGUCAUCUAUGUAACAUGUUAAAACAUGUAUACACUGAAUUUCAUAAGUGCUCAUUAUAUUGUUAAUGGCACUACUUCCAUUAAGUGCAAUCAUUUCAUUUCCCAAAAAUGAGAAUCUAAAGCAAUGGUUCAGAAAUUUCAAUUUCUGUUCAGUUCUUAUGGUGAUUGUCUAGUUGUAAAACCAAAAGGAAUUCAAGACGGGCCAAGUGUAUUUAAGUUGUGAAUCGUGCCAUUUGCAUGUUCUGCCAGAUUCAAAACUGAGCUUUUGAGAAACCGUAUAUUAUUAAAUGUUGUUUUUUUUUUUGUUUUUUUUAGUUUAUAUCAGUUUAUGACCUGGCCAUUACAGGUACACAGUUGUAAAAAGUUCUGAAUAUGUCCCACACUUCCAGAUUGUGGUUCACAUAUUUACAAAGUUACACAUGUGUCUUUUCUAAACCUGCUUUGGUUAUUAGUAAUUAUUUUUCUAUAUUCCCACAUUCCCUGUCAUUAUUAUUACUAAAUGUCUAAAUUGUUUUAUUAAUUAUAAGUGGAUACGUUGAAUACUGCUUUACUUGUUAUUAUUUGAUUUGUCUUUUCCCAAUGUGAUUUUCCAUGUGAUCUUAUAUUUGUUCUGUAUUUAUGGAUGUUUUCUCAUGUUGAUUUGUUUUUGAGAUGCCAUUAUAUUCCCAACUGGGAUGUGCUAUCUUCGUUCCAGUGUAAAGAAAACGUUUGCACAACAGAAGGAUUUAAAAGCUCUUUUGCAAAGCACAUCUUUUAAUCGGUUUAUUUUAUUUGGGUACGCUGGAAUCCCCACAACCUGGUGCAUACCUCAUAAAUCACAUUUAAAAUGAAUCAUCAAGUUUGUGUGGGUUUUCUUUUAUGUCUGAAAUAUUAAUGGUUCUUUCUUGAGAACUUAGGGGUAUAAUUGACAAUAAAACCUCUAUGUGAAAAAUCUA